AAAUUAAUCCCAUUAAAAAUAUCUCCCAUCACAAUAUUUUCUUUAUUUGAAAAUAUCCAACUUUUACAUUUCUUAUUAUUCAUCUCUCCACGCAACUCUCACUUAACAAUAUAAAUUCCACACCAAUCUCUUCUCGAUCAAUUAAUUAUCUCAUCCUUUUUCUACUCCACAACAAUGGCUGCCAAUUUUCAAAUCUUCACUUUCUCUCUCCUUUUACUGAUCUCCUGCUUCGCAACUCCAUCAAUUUCAUCUACCUUUACUGAUGAAAAUCCAAUCAGAUUAGUAUCAGACGGUCUACAAGAGAUUGAAUCAUCUGUUGUAUCUCUUUUGGGUAAUACUCGUCAUGCUCUCUCCUUCGCUCGAUUCAUCCACAGGCAUGGAAAGAGGUAUGAGACUGUUGAGGAGAUUAUUAAUAGAUUUAAUGUUUAUCGGGAGAGUUUGAAGUUGAUUAGAUCGACUAACAAAAAAGGCCUUCCUUACAAACUUCAUGUCAAUAAAUUUGCCGAUUGGACAUGGGAAGAAUUUCGAAGGCACAGAUUGGGAGCUGCUCAAAACUGCUCUGCCACUUUCAAGGGCAGCCACAAGCUAUCUCAUGCUGUUGCCCCUGAAAAGAAAGAUUGGAGAGAUGAGGGCAUAGUUAGCCCUGUCAAGAAUCAAGGCCACUGUGGAUCUUGCUGGACUUUCAGUACUACUGGAGCUUUGGAGGCAGCUUAUGCACAAGCAUUCAGGAAGAACAUCUCUUUAUCCGAACAGCAGCUUGUUGAUUGUGCUCAAGCCUUUAACAAUAAUGGUUGCAAUGGCGGUUUGCCUUCACAGGCUUUUGAAUACAUCAAAUACAAUGGAGGUCUGGAUACUGAAGAGGCUUACCCAUACACAGGAGUGGAUGGUAAAUGUAAAUUCUCAGCCCAAAAUGUUGGUGUUCAAGUCCUUGACUCCGUCAAUAUUACCCUCGGAGCUGAAGAUGAACUUAAGGAUGCUGUGGCAUUUGUUCGUCCUGUGAGCGUGGCAUUUCAGGUUGUGGAUGAAUUCAAGUUGUACAAGGGGGGAGUUUACACCAGCACAACUUGUGGCAGCUCUUCCAUGGAUGUGAACCAUGCUGUUCUUGCUGUUGGAUAUGGAGUGGAAAAUGGAGUUCCAUACUGGCUGAUCAAAAACUCAUGGGGAGCUGAUUGGGGUGACAAUGGAUACUUCAAGAUGGAGAUGGGUAAAAACAUGUGUGGUGUUGCUACUUGUGCAUCAUACCCCAUCGUGGCAUGAACCUCCAUGAAAGCGAAGCGAGAAAUUUGACAUGAGAAAUGAUUACGUGUAUUGCAUAAAAAAUCAAGGACAAAGCUACAGCAGGCAGCAGCAGGACAUCAGAUUGACAUACAUAGUUAUUGAAUUAUGGCUUAUGGGGUCUUUCUUCUUUCAACUCUAUUUUGUUGCAUGAAUCAUGUGAUAGUCGUCUGUCUGGUUUGAGAAAGGUUCAAGACAUUAAGAUUAAUGGGAUGUAUCAUAUUGAUGAAUCCCAAAGAGCAUAGGCAUUAUAUUUAACUCAUUUGAAUGCAUGUUAAUAAAGUAAAGAAAAAACUCUAUUGUAUCGACAUAAACAGUCUUCUAUGAUAUACUCCCCUCGAUAUCGGGUUUGGCUCA